AUGGCUGAAGUGGAUUUUGGAGAUGCACAGCUCUUUGAGCAAUUGGAUGAUGUGGUCCCUGCUCCCACACACAUUCGAUUUUCGGAUGGGGAGAGCACCGAUGCGUUGGAUGACGAGGGAGAGGCCGGGAUGCUCCGUAGACGUCUGGACGAGUGCGGAGACUGCAUUGAGAAGCUAACGAAAGAGAAUACAGCUUUAAGGAGAAAAUUGAAAAUCCUGACGCGGCCCAGCGGAAUCACCAUAGAAGAUGUCAAUGUCGACGGGCCCAUCGCUCAAAUUAUUUAUUCCAACAGUGUUAUUUCCAAGCAGUGUCGUCAAGAAAUUGAGGAUUGCAUCUAUGGAGUAAUAAUGAGACACCAAAAAGAAGGAAAUCACAGUAGACGCUCAGCAUCAGCACACAUCAAGCCACAGCCUUCUUCAUUUGCCAUGGAUGAAGACCCAGUCAAGAUGUCUUCCACUAGCGUGAGAACCACAACAGAAGCUUUUAAAGUGGUGGGCAGCGUGCUGCACUUCAGCAGUUUCAGUGUGGACAAACUGGGGCAGCCACUGGUCAACGAAAGCCCUCAACACACCGAUGGAUGGGAAGUGCCAAUCUACCAACAGAUCUUCAAUCAAGUUAUCGGCAUCGACGGGCAGGACAUAGAAGUGAAGGAAAAAAGGCCCAAAUCAAUGUGUUUCAACUGUGGUUCAAGUGCUCAUCAAAUGAGAGACUGCCCCAAACCUAAAGACUUGGCAGCCAUCAGUGAGAGAAGAAAAGAGUUCAACCAGUACCAGAAUCAUGCAGGACUUGGGAACCAACGCUACCACGCAGAUGAAGUGGAGGAACGAUUCUCCAAAUACAAGCCGGGAAUCUUGAGUGAAGAGCUUUUGUCAGCGCUUGGAUUGGACGGCAACACCCUACCGCCUCUCAUCUAUCGCAUGAGGAAGCUAGGAUACCCGCCCGGUUGGCUCAAAGAAGCCGAAAUGGAGAAGUCGGGUUUAACGCUUUACGAUGGAAAUGUGUCCAAUGACAACAGUAUGAGCAGCCCACAAAAUGUCUCUUAUGACAUUUCCAAACUGGUGGAUUUCCCUGGAUUCAAUGUGCCUGUGCCGCACAAAGUCAAAGAUGAAUUCAUGCGUUACAGUUCCAUUCCCAUACAGAGCAACCACCUGAAGCACAACUAUGCCGCCUACCUGUCCAGCCACUUUGCUUCGUCCGAUAGCCCAAGCAGUAAGAGGCCUCUCGAGUCGGACUCGUCUCAACACAUCAUGAAGAAGCACAGAUCCAGCUAUGAAAGCGACUCCGACAUGGAUAUUGAAUCAGAUCCCGGCACCCCUUACCGAUCCUGCCGCCAGGGCAACUCUCACUUCCAACCACCGCUGCCAGUUGGUUCCCCGAGCUUCAGCUCGCCUCCGCCGCAAUGCACCCCACCUGCCACUCCCACGCCGCCGCCCCGUACGCCCACCAAUGGCUCCCCGGCAACGAGGGGCCACGAAUGGGUGGUGGUGGAUGAUGCUGUGGAGGGGACAGAGGAUGAGCUAACCCUAGAGGAGCUGGAGGAGCAGCAGAGAUUAAUCUGGGCAGCACUCCAGAAUGCAGAUACUGCCAACAGCAACACGGUAACGUCCACAGCAGGGACUCCCACGGGACAGUCGGCCAACUUGUCCGCGCCUAUACAAGAUGACUCUGAAAUGGAAAACCUGGAAGUUGGGGGCUACACGGAUGAGAAUCCAAUACCGCACGGCGAAAUUUCUCAUAACGACGGCACCCUUAGCCCACCCGCAUCCCGAGAGGGCGACGUCUCGAAUGCUGAUGACGUUCUUCCGGCUACUUCCAAACAAGGAAGCGCCCAAAGUCCUGCUGCGCCUGAAUCCAAAGUAGACUGUCCCCAGCGCCCUUGUCCAAAAGAAUUCCCAGAACAUCCCCGAAGUCCAGGUCCAAUCGAAUCUCAGGACGAAAGCCCUCAAAGUCCCGCUCUGCUUGAAUCACAAGAAGAUAGCCUACGAUAUCCAAACAAAGUCCAGGAAGACUGUCCCCAGAGCCCCAAUCAAGAUUCUCUGAAUGUAAACGCAGCCAACCCCAAGGUGUUGGCCGUUCCCCAUCGGAGCCGCUUCGCAGAGGGCAUCGUACCUUUUGAGGAAACGCCGGAGUACACGGAGGUGGCCGAAGCUAAGGGGACGUACCUCCGCAUCAGGGACUUGCUCAAGAGUUCGCCUAGAAAUUUAAACAAAAAGAAAAAUGACUGA